CCACUCUUCCCUUCCCUGCAGCCACCCACCGAAGCAUUUGGUUUUACUAGGCAAGGGCCGUCCAAAUUAUGGAGUCCACAGGAGCAGGGAAGAGGCUUUGGCACGUAGUGAGUGUGGUGUUGUACAUGAUCCGGAAAGGCCUCUCCAAGGACAAACUCAUGAUGGAUCUCCACCUCCUCCGCAAGCGCGGCAAGUUCAUCGGAAAAGCCCUUGGCAACCUCAUGACGCUCCUCCAUCACCGUGGCUACCGCCGCCGCCACCAUGAUCACCACCACCAUCAUCGUGGAGUGAGCUUACUGAACUCUGGCUUCUCUUGCCGAUCCCUGGAUCCAGAUGUCCCCUUCUACGACCCAAGGGAUGUGGAGUUUAGCUGCAGUGCCACUCCCACCUAUCCUUCCUUCGACCGGAACCGCCGCCGCAGCCACCAUCGCUACGAUGAUUAUGAAGCGAUGGCCUUCGCGGAGGCACUUGAUAUGCUGAACUACGAGGAGGACUGCGCCGAGUCGUCUUCCGUGGCACCAUCUCAGUCGCCGGAAGGUAGGCUGUGGAGCUGUCAGAAGAGCCCGGUGACAGAGCGGCGACUAGUAAGGGUUACUGACUCGCCAUUCCCUGUGAAGGAGGAAGAGGGGGAGGUGGAGAAGCAUAUAGACGAGCAGGCAGAGCAGUUCAUUAGAAGGUUCUAUGAGCAGCUUCGCCUUCAGCAGAGGAUGAAUCCAAUGACUCCAGAGUAUAAACAUCGUUGGAAUGAGGCGGCGAUGGGUCUAGCCUGAGAUAGAUGUUCCUGUAAAUGCCAAGUGUUUGGAUAUGUGAAUUAUACCAAUAAUAACUUGUAAAAAUUUCAAAAUAUCAAAAAUAUAUUUUAAAAAUAAAUUCAGAAA